CUGAUUCUGGUGAUUUGUCUCGAACGUCUCAUGGGAAUCAUGUAUCCACUGUCGACUCGCCUUCGUAAGCGCUGCUCGACGACGGCCACUACCGUCAUCUUAAUCGUAGUCACCACGGGGAUCCUUACCUCGUAUAACCAUUUCAGCUAUUUCUGCGCCUUCAAGCGCUUUUGCAACGGCUCGCAAUUCCACGCGAUGUGCAUUCGUAGUGACUCAGACAGAUGGUUUCGGAAUCAGACGAACCCAAACUCGAAUUUGCUCAGGACGAUGGCCCGUUGGGGUCCGCACGUUAACGUCAUUUGUGUCAUCGUUAUUCCUAUUCUGCUUGUUGCUAUCUCAAACGCUAUGCUCAUUUACACAAUUAGACAAAGGCAGAGGCAAUUCAUUGCACAAAGUGCUGUCAAAUCGGAGUCACAUCUGUCCGGAUCGCAGUCGCGCACCGAGCACAGAGUGACCACUACCGUAUGCGCCAUAGUCACGUGCUUCACCAUCACACAAGGACCAUCGGCGUUCACAACAAUCAUGGUCGAAUACUAUCCCAUUCAACACGAAUUUAUGAUAGCAUUGACUGCUAUGACAACAACGAUGGUGGUGUUGGGGAAGGCGAUGAACUUCGGCUUAUUCUGUUUGUCGUCUGCAAACUUUCGUGCUCGGCUCCUGCAGCAGACAAGACGUGACUUUCGGAAAACAAGGAUGAGGUCAGUGCCCACUGUUUCUUUGUUCUACGUACAACUCUCAUGCGGUGAUUAA